CCGUCCAUGCUUUAUGUGUCGUUGAUUUUACAUUUUAUCGCGACUAAUAUUGUCUUGGUUGAUCACGUUUAACUAAACAUGCGUGUUAAAAUGAAGACGUAAUAAUAUUGGAUACGUUAUAUUUGAAUAAAGCUCGGUAAAAAGCUACGUAUGUGUAGCUCGAUGUAUCACGUCGUGUUGAUUGUUUUCAAUGGGCGCGUAAUAAACACCAUCAAGGCCCAAGGGCAACAUCCAUUAUCCAUCUGUAUACGAUAGAGAUCCUCUUUAUAUUAGCAUUUCUUUUCUGAUAUAAAGAAAAAUCUCCCCUGCAACACAAUGUCUGGAAACAAGUGUCGUAAUUGCGGAUCUACCGAUAUUGAGACUGAUCCGGGACGUGGUGAUGCGAUUUGUACAAAAUGUGGUUUUGUACUGGAAGAUUCGGUUAUUAUUAGUCAAACAACUUUUGAGGAAUCAUCCUCUGGUAAAGUAAUGGUACUUGGGCACUUUGUUGCUAACGAUAGCACAGGUAGUGCUACAAAUUUCGGUGCACCUUAUUAUGUUAAUGGAAAAGAAUCUAGAGGAAUUACCAUACAAAAUGCACGGAAAGGUAUAACGCAUAUUUGCCAGCAAUUACGCUUAAAUCAAAAUUGCAUCGACACAUCUGUCAAUUUCUACAAAAUGGCUUUGAAUCAUAAUCUGACACGUGGAAGGAAACAAGCUCACAACCAGGCUGCCUGUGUAUAUAUUACCUGCCGUAUUGAACAAACUGAAUAUAUGCUCAUCGACAUCAGCGAUAUUCUUCAUAUUUGUGUUCAUGAACUUGGACGGACGUACCUGCGAUUUGCUCAAGUUCUACAUAUCAACAUACCGACAGUGGAUCCUUGUUUAUACAUCAUGAGGUUUGCGCACAAGCUUGAAUUUGGUGAUAAAACUCACGCCGUGUCCAAUACGGCUUUAAGAAUCGUUCAAAGAAUGAAAAGGGAUAGUAUUCAUAGUGGUCGUAGACCAUCAGGUCUGUGUGGCGCAGCAUUAUUAAUAGCUGCGCGAAUACAUGAAUUCAGUAGAUCAACUGCUGACAUUAUAAAAAUUGUCAAGGUACACGAAUCGACCCUACGUAAAAGAUUGAUAGAAUUUGGCGAUACACCAUCUAGUGGGUUGACAUUAGAUGAAUUUAUGACAGUGGAUUUGGAGGAAGAACAGGAUCCUCCAGCAUUUAAAGCAGCCCGUAAAAAGGAUAAGGAUCGUUUACAAAAAUUGGAAAACAUACAUAUGGAAAUAAGUGAGCUGCAAGCGGAAAUUGAUAGACAAUUAGAAGAUUAUAGAAUAGGGAAAGGAAAAAAACGAAAAGAUGCAUCUUUUAUAGAGAGCGAGGACGCAGAUAGAUUUAUUCGGGAAAGUAACUUGAAUAUAAUCCAACAAUAUGUUGAGAACAAUAUUGAUGAUCCUGAUGAGAAAGUUGGAGAUGCUGUUUUAGAUGAAAAUAAUACUUCACUUAUAACUGGGUUAGGUCCGGAUAUAGCAUCUAUGAUGUCUGCGAACGAUCAUUCGAAUGAACCCAAGGAGAAGGAUAGUACGUUCGAAAAUGCUUCUUCGGAAAUCUAUACGAAUGAUAUCGAUGAUGAUGAAUUAGACAGCUAUAUUCUUUCGGAAAAAGAAUCGCAAUCUAAAUCUGCCCUUUGGAAUAAAAUAAAUGCUGAUUAUCUUGUUCAACAAAAAGAAAAGGAAGAGAAACGUUUAAAGGAAAAAGAAGAAGGUAAACCUGAAAAGAAGAGAAGAAGAACGACCUCGAAAAAACAUAAAACUCCUGCGAAUACUGCGGGCGAAGCAAUCGAAAAAAUGCUGCAGGAAAAGAAGAUAUCCUCCAAGAUUAAUUACGAAGUGUUGAAAAAUCUAAACAAUCAACAAAAUAAUCAAGAGUCACCAAUCACAAAGACAUCGUCCGAGUUUGACACGUCAAGUUUUAAGAAACCGAUAACGGUUACGUCUACACUAAAGUCAGCAGAGGCUUUGUUAAUAAAAAAAUACCGUUCCAUUAAGCCAAAUACUCAACAACUAAAGAAAACAUUGGAUAAAACAUUAGAUGGUAAAACACCUAAAAAAGAAGAGGAGGACGUCACGAAGAAAGAAAUCACGUCAAUGGAAACGGAUACACCUAUAGUGGACACAUCUGAAAUCGUAUAUGAAACGGACGAUUACCUUGAUGAAGAAGAACCUGAUGCUACGGAAAUGUCACUUGGACAGAUGCUCGAGUCUCAUGCAACAUCCGAGGGCGAAUUUUGCGACGAUGGUUACGAGAAGCGCGGCAAGUGUGUUUUCGCGCCUAGUUUUCGCGUCCUGUGAGCAGAAGCCAUUAUUAUGUCGGAGCCCGACCUGCGCCUGGCUCCUGAUUGGUCACCG